CAUUCUUCGUCUCUUCUCUUCUACACAGCGACAGCCUAAGAACUGCCUCAUCUGUCUAUCGGAGCGCAUAUCUCAGUCUAGAGCCAUGGCUGCGUUACGACCACACGUGGUGGAUCUUCUGAUCAUUGGGGCAGGCCCUGCGGGACUAAAUGCCGCCCUGCUUUUCGCACGUACUCGGGGCACAGCAAUAGUGUUUGACUCCCAGGAAUACCGUAACGAGGGAAUCAAGCAAAUGCAUACUAUCGCCAGUAGAGACCACCAUGACCCACAUAGUUUUCGUCGCACUGCUCGGGAACAAAUUGAAUCUCGAUACGACACUGUCUGGUUCCAACAAAGCAAGAUUACUCAUGCUACCAAAAAGCAAAUCGGGGAAGAAAAAUACGACGGCUUUGAAGUCCGCGAUAGUAACGACAAGACCUAUCUUGGGAAGAAGCUCAUCCUCGCAACCGGUUCAAAGGAUGUUUUACCAGACAUUCCGGGUUACAAGGAGAACUGGCCACAUCACAUCUACCAAUGUCUAGCAUGCGACGGCUUCGAGCAGCGUGGCACUCCUAUCGGUAUCCUCGAGUUCAAGCAUCCAUCACAAGCAAAUCUCAUCCAGAUGGCCAGAGCAUUCGAUGACAGGCUUACCAUUUUCAGUAACGGCGCUAUUGCGGACGACCCUCCUGUUCAGCGAGCGCUGAAGGUCGCCCGAGGCGUUGGCGCGAAAGUCGACUCCCGCAAGAUCGUGCGUCUUAUCAACAACGGACCCUCACAUGAGGAGGGUGUAACUAUCGAGUUCGAUACAGGCAAUCCAGUGACUGUGGGCUUCAUUGUGCAUCGCCCAGCUACUGUGAAUAGAUCACAGCAUCUUAUCGAGCAGCUGGGUAUUGAGACGGUGGACCCAGCUAUCGGUGGACAUAUCAAGGUCACAAGUCAGUUCAAUGAGACAAGUGUGAGAGGGGUGUUUGCCGCGGGCGAUACAAUGGUUGUAAUGAAGCAGGCAGUGAUAGCGAUGGCCGAGGGUCUGAAAGCCGCGUCCGGCGCAGGUCAGCAGAUGCAACAGGAGAAAGCGGAGAUUGCCAUUAGAAAUUUCGAUUCGAGCGUCGGGGAGGCAGAUAAUGUGCCUGUGAUUGCGUAAGAAGUUGCUGGACACUCGUGGGAAUGUGGUAGAGUAGAUUCUGGUAUUCAUGUUUGUAUGCUGUAAUCCUUACUCCCUCUGCAUUUCCAGUCUUCUCGAUCUAUACCAUUGCGAUUUUGACGUACAGGUAUGUUCUACAUUUAGGCAGAUGAGUGGAACUGGCAUGAGGCAUGGGCACGUUACAAAGAGGAGUGACCGUCAUGCUAUGUGCAUAUGAGUGGUCGAUCAAUUGUCUCGCCAACGUAACUUCCGGGAUGAAAGUCUUCUGCAUAUUCUUACGUCCAAGCUUUUGUACUGCGUGACUUUACCUCGAUUCUUCGAAGUCUCCGCUCAUGGGAUAGAAGAUA